GGUGUAGACGGUAACAGCCGGCGGUUUAAAGGUGGCACACUCACCUGUUCUCAGAUGGAGGAGAGAGGUUAGCUGGGUGGCCAUAAUUUUUGCUCGCUGGGUUUGUUUUGCUCAUUGUCUUUUAAAUCCAAGCUUGCCACUAUUUUAAUAAACACUACGAAAACGCACGUGGGCUCAACGUACUUACGUGGAUGAGAAGCAGCACGUCAUACACACAAACAGAGCCCAGUCUUUCCUCUCCAGCGACUUAGGCCUUUUUCUUUGUCAACAAAAAAGGCGUUUAAGAAAGACAUCGCUCGGAUUAUCCACGAUCAAAUGAAGCAGGAAGACGCCACAUCCCCUGCUAUUUCAAGGAGAACAGAAGCUGACUUAAUGAAAAUGGCAAAACACAACAUCACUCUUGCCAUUGCCAUAGUGCUGGCAGUGAGUUUCUACAUCAUCACUAUGGUGUUCUCUGCUCUGGCAGCGCUGGGAAAACACCCAUUUUUGUUGAACACCAAGAAUAUUUCAGAUGAGUUUGUGACCCAGAUCACGCCUUCAGGAUGGACCUUUAGCGUGUGGUCCAUCAUUUACGUCUUUAUGGGUGUCGGGUUGCUGUUUGUCUUCGCAGGCAUCUUUAGGAAGAAUGCCUAUGGUUAUGUCUACUGCAGCCCUGUAAUUUUGCCACAUGGGUUUUUUGUGACUUUGUGCAUAAAUCUGGGCAUCAAUAUUGGAUGGUUGCUCCUGUGGGACAGAAAGUACACGCCUGCUGCACUGGCUUUCCUCAUCCUAAUCGCUUUGACUAACUACACUGUGAUAUUCUUCUCCUGCUAUGGUCUACAUAACUAUGGAGCCUGGCUCAAGAAAUACCACAAAGCAGACCUGUGGCUCCAUCAUUUGCUGAUUCAGAAUGGUAUUGCUAUUUAUGCAACAUGGACAACUAUUGCAUCCCUGGUCAAUUUGACUAUAGUGCUAACUUAUGACGCGAGCAUGUCCCACACAGACGCUGCCACUCUUGCUCUUUCUGUUUUGACCGUUGUGUUGAUCAUGUGGUUCAUCCUGGAAAACUCCAUCCUCGACAAAUAUGUGAGAUUCAUUCUCAGUAUUUACCCCACUGUGAUUUGGGCGCUGACAGGGGUGUUGACCAAAAACUACAACAACGCAGCUCCUACUCGCAACAACAUCUUUAUCGCUGUGCUGCUGGGUGCAGCCUGUGCCUUGUGUGCCACGCGGGUAUGUUUGGUCAUGUGGAGGCAAAUGAAAAAGCCGCUUUACGAAGACAUCAACGCUGACAAAAUGUCUCCGAUGGAGAUUUUAGAGAAGCAGAAAAAGAUAUUUAAGUGAGCAUGUUAGGAAAACAUUUGCAGUAUGGUUUCUAUAUGAUAUCAGUGAUGUAUCGUAAAUGACUUCAGCCUUGGAUGCACUGCUGACACAUGAUGAAGCCUCACAAAAUUAUAUAUAAUGCUCAAAGUUUGAGCCUGUCAACAGUGUAUAAACAAACUGGAAUAAUGUGUACAUAUCUGAUCUCACCACACAAACAUGAAAUCUGGAGUUAUGCUGUUGUUUACUUUUGUUCAAGCAAUCUAACUUUUGCUUU